UCUGCCAUGUGCCAUCUCGUACUCGAGGGUCUGUUCUGUGCCUGGACAAGUCGCGUCGCGUCAUUUAGUCUCCGCGCUCACGGACUUCUAAUUCUGCUUUCAUUCCAAGUGCCUUGAUGAACUGUCUUUUUCUUUUCGAUACUAAAUGACUAUAAUGUUAACUUGCUUGUCAUGACGCGACCAAUUUUAGUCCAGGCUGAUCCACCACCAAGACAUUAGACAAAUUCUUUGGGCUGACACGGGGUAUAAACUAUGGACGCUACUCGCUAUUCAUGCGCUCUUGCAACUCCCACUAGGUCCUGGUGAUCCACAUACUGUUUGUUAUUCAUUCGCUUUGCUGCACACAACCUCGGCUGCGCCGUCUAUUCCAACGUUCUCUACGCUAUCUUUACUACACAUACAAUUCUUUACCUCCAAACGCUCACGAUUUAUUUUAUUUCUACGCGAUGGUUUAUCUGACUCCCCGUUUCCUUUGCCUAGCGGCGCUGGUCGCCGCUUUAGUCAUACCCUCCGGUAUGCCCCAGGUCGAUGCGCGUGCUGUCGAUGUCGCCCCCCGUCAUCAUGCUCCCAAAUCCUCGGACAACCAUGCUGACACUGUCAGAGCAAAGGGCAAAGGCAAAUCAACUGCUAAACCUCUUAUACCCCUCCCUCUUGUUACGGCUAAGUCAACAGAUGGCAAGAGGUCCAAGAAACAUCGGAAAGGCGGCAAGAAAAAGAACAAUAAGAGGAGCAUGUAUCAGGAGGAAGACAUCCAGGUUCCGUUAGGUCUAAAGAAGCGCACUGUAUCACGCAUUCACCAGGCCGCGAAGGCGGAAGACGCUUCGGGCGAUACCUGGGACGCACUUGAUCCGCUUCUCCAGAUCGGCAGCAUGAAGAUCGGCGACGGACGAGAUGGCUCAUACUCCAGCACACAUGAUUUGCUUGGUGAUGGUGGAAUCCUAAAGAGGUCUCCACACCACCAUGACCACGACGAACAUUAUGACCAUGAUGAAAUAAUUGUGAACGGCGAUAACGACAAAGUUCAUUAUCAUGACCGGAGAGCACCGCACCACCACCACGAUCACCACGAUCACCAUGACCAUGAAAAGACAGUCGUAAAUGGGAACAAUGAUGAUGUUCAUGUUCACGGUCGCAGGGAGCCUCACCGUCACCACCACUAUGGUCAUCAUGAUCACGAAAAGACAGUUGUGAAUGGUGAUAACGACGACGUACAUGUUCACGGACGCAGAGAGCCUCGUCGUCACCACCACCAUGGUCAUCACGAUCACGAAAAGACAGUCGUGAAUGGGAAUAACGAUGACGUGCAUGUUCACGAACGUAGAGAGCCCCAUCACCCUCAUCACCACCACGGCCACAACGAUGGACCUAAGGCAGUCAUCAACGGAAACAGCGACACUGUCAAUGUGCAUGUACGAGAUACCAACUCCGCCUCCGGUGUUCAAUCAGACUCCUCAGGCGACGGGCAUCAUGUCAAUUGUCCGGACAAUGCUUCGGCUUCUCAAUGGAAGAGGUCUGACCCAAUCAGCCAGACUCCCGGUGUUCCUGGAACGGUGGAUAUCAUGGUCGUCGGCGGGCCUGUUGAGAAGAAACUCGCAUCUCUUGUCCUCUCAUCGGUUCCACAAAACAAUACUGCGAACAACGGCACUUUUGGAUUGAACAGCACCAAGGAAGCCCUGACUGAAGACAGCCCGUUUGUCCUCGAUGCAUCAAACACGACUCAGACGCAGUUUUUGCUUGUCUCCAAAGAGAUGCCAAGUGCCUCCUCUCUCGAAGCACUGAAGGCAGUUGCUCUUAAGUCGACAGAUGAGGACUCCAAGCUGGCUGAUAUCAAAGUGACAUUGCAGGUGCCUGUGUUUGAACCGACAAAGGCGGCGAUGAGUCAGUACUGUGCAACGUACGACCCAAACCCACCUGUCCCGGCGCCGCUCACUAUGGAGGAAUGUGGCAAGGAGACGGAGCGUAGGUCGCAAACGUUCGCGUAUAACCCGCGUAGCGGCACCAUUCGGCCUAUGUGGUUCAGUGAUGCCAACCCUGCUAGUGCCAACGCGACACAGCCGAUAGCAAACUCGACCUCAGACUCGACGGUCGGCGUAAAGCAGAUGAACUUCAAGAUUCCGUCGUCAAAUAAGGAUGUGCCAGUAUCGCCCCCAGUAGCUGCACCACUUUCCCCUGCAAAUAUCACGGGGGCGGCUCCUGCUGUACCGGUCAAUGCAUCAGCAGCGUCGACGUCGGGCGUGCCUAGCGCGCAGAACGUUACACUCGUGUUCACGCCCAUCACUCCUGCAAUUCACGUAGUCAACGAAGCGUCGGAUGCUGCUUCCUUCCAACCCGCCGACGGCAGCGGUCCUGCAAGCUCGAUCACAGACAAUGCUUCCAGCACAUCGACGUCGUCCGCUUCAGGUACUGCGACGAGCACGGACAGCAGCAAGACGGCGACAGCCACGGAUGGCGGCGCACCGGAUGUGUCUGCCGUAUCUGCCGGAAAGGCUGAUGCGCGGCCCACGACAACGACUUCUGGAGGUGCGCCUUCGAACGCCACAGAUGUGAUGAUGAGUGCGACGUCGUCAGGCUCCGGUUCUGCUUCAGAGUCAACUGGAAUCACGUCAAGUGUGUCUGACUCUUCGGCUAUGCCGAAGUCGACUUCAACAGUCGAACAAGCUGCUAUUGAGAGAAUGUACCAGCAGAGACCACACAUGCAUGUCCUCUAAUUUGAUUUUUCUCUUCCAUUUGAUUUUUCGUCGUCGAUAGCGGAUUGUCUUUGUCUUGAUUGAUUUGCUUUGCUUUGCUUUGUCUCAGGAUUACUUAGGCACGAGAUAGCUGGCUAUGGACGUGGCAAACUCUUACUUUU